AUGUCGAAGUUGAGUGAACAUGACAAUACAAUUUUGAACUGUAUUUUCAAUCCCCAUCUACCAGCUGAAGAUAACAUCUCUUAUCCACCAAAGAAACUUGAAGAUGCUUUAAAUGAUGCGACAAAAGCAAUAAAUUUAAGCACGGAUAAAUAUAAAAGGACACUCUGCUUAGCAUAUUGCCAAAGGGGCAUUCUUCAUAGGAAAGCUGAAAAUAUGGAAAUGGCCAGAGAAGAUUUCGAAAAUGCUGCUAAAAUGGGAAAUGAUUUUGCAAAGAAACAGCUCAUCGAACUGAAUCCGUAUGCAGCACUGUGCAACCAAAUGUUAAGGCAAGUGAUGGACACAUGGAACUAG